AUGCCUGAAUGGCAUUCGUGUAUACGUUCCAACUCUGACCCUUACUCGUGCUCUUCCCCCAGAGCAUUUAGCAGGCCGGACUUGAGGAAGCCGCUCAAGACCUGCUUGAAGCGAAAGGCCAAGAGCGCGAACACAACUCCACCCAAUGAAGCCACGGCGUCGAUUGAAAGCUCGGUCGACAAUCAGAAGCUCCGACGCGUAAAAACCGUUGACUUCGAAAAGCCGAUCUCCGAAUCGUUACCUACCCACGAAAAGGCUUCGCGGAACGCCUCAGAUUACCGAGGGACUAGGGUUGGGAAAGCCCCAGGCCGUGGGUACUCAUGCCCCGGUGCUGCUUUGUUAGCCAGGCGCUCGCCGGCAUACCCAGCUAUGACUAGAACGGACGUCCAAGUCAUUGCGAUUGCGCCUGUAUUGUCGAAUUUCCCGGCCAUGAAUGCAACAGAUCAAGCUGAGGUUGAAGAAACUGAUCCCGCAACUGCCACCAUGCAGAUCGGCGAGCCAGGGAAUGGCAGCUACGAAGUGGUUUGGGACGAUAUACCACCCGAGCAGAACGUAAGCACACGAUGGCGCAGCUCCUCAGCAAGCCAGGCGCUGGAAGCUGCUUCAGUGGGCACAAGAGGUCUUGAACGUGUCAACACCAAGCUCACAGAGUGGUCCGGUACCUGGAACAUGCCUCCCGAAUCUUUCAAGCCAAUCAUUGUCAUCUUUCCUGACGAUGACGAUCGCAGACCUCACUUCGAAUGCGCUGUUGUCGACGAUGAGGAUAUCGAGAUCUCCGCGCCCCCGAACAGCGAGAGGGUAAGCGCCGCGCACUCGCGCCGUUCCUCACAACCCGCCAGUGCUCGAAUGUCAAGAGCUACUUCUCAUGAAGAGCUCUACGGACCCCCGCUCCCAGUCGACAAUGGGGCUAAUUCUCCAGAGGCAACGCUUGUCGUGCCGGAUCCAGUGGUGCCGGUAGCAUGGUCAGCCCAUCUUGCUGCCGCUCGUCGAAAGCUUGGAGUACCGAGCAAAGAACGAAAGCUGUCGAACGUCGAAGAAGCGGACUUGAAAUUUCGUAACCAUCGAGACUCCGUUACGCUUGCGCACUCGCGUCUGAUCAACUCUAGCGGAGUGAGACCAGAAUUGUUCGCACACAGAGACUCUGUGACAAUAGCGAAGAAGCGGAUGCAUGCCAAAAAUCAUCAGCACGCGCAUCGACUGAGGUCGAAGUCAGAGCACGCACAGCAGACUGAUGGUGAAGCUGCUAUGAUGCCGACGGCGCUUGUAGUGAAAGCUCACGCAGCUGAGGCUCUCAGACAAGGCAAGCCGGCUCCCAUACUCCGCCAAACAAAGUCUGUCAGCGGGCAACACAUUCGCACUGAAGGGUCACUGUAG